UGUGUGAAAUGUGGUGUUUUGUUACAGAUUUUGCCCUCAGUGGUAUUAUGUGCUGUUUGCUGUGGCGCUGUGGUAUCGCCGGUCCGGUCGGAGGGUUUAAAUCUCCAGUUUUGGGUCUCACUGGAAAGGCGUGCAACCCGCUCGCGCGCUCUCUCCUCUGGAACGUGUCGGCUGUACUAGAGAUGGACCAUUUGUUCAGCGGGUUUGACUGCGCGCAGCAAAACGCAGAAGUUUACCUCAAGACGCAAACGGUGUCUGUCUGCACACCACAGAACUCCAACUGUGCUCAAAGUGCUAUCGUAAAUAUAGAUGAGAGCGAAUGCCUACAGAGAAUUCUGGAAGAUCUCCACUACUAUCGGGAAACAUUUCUAGCCUACUCUAAACCUGAGCUCACCACAACUGUAGUCAGAGGCAUUGAGGAUGUCAUGCAGAACUGUUUCUCUGUCUCUGUAACGGAGAAUUCUCCAGCCAAGGCAUCCAUGGAUCAUCAAAAAUCUUUUCAAGAACGACUGAAGCUGUGUAAAAUCCUAAAGGGGUUCAGCCUUCGAGCAAUAACAAUCAAUCGAGUUUUCAACUACAUCUUGACAAAAUAGCAAACAAGCUGCUUUUACAGGCCAAACACACUGACCACUUUUGUUUACCCAGACUAAUUGGAACGGUUAUUUAUUAAGUUAUUUAUUGUAUUUGAACAUUAUUUAUUUAUGGAAUC